AUGUUGAAAGAGCUUCCAGUGAAAGGGGAUGCCAGGAAGAAGGUAAUCGAUUCUUUAGUGCGGCGCGGGAUUCGUGAAGUGGACGAUAUUACGACAAUGAACUGCCUAGCGGAUCGCAUCUUUGGUACAUUGUGGAAUAGGAUUGAGUCUUCCAUUCGACCCGAUGAACAACAGGAAGAUGUAUCUGCCUCACUUAUGAAUUGGUGUCAGAUACAAGGUGCUCGAGUUAUUAGACUUCAGAAUGGGGAUUUUAGAGGCCCACAAAGGUCAAACGAGAUAAUUAUGUCCCAAAACUACCCUACGAAUGCGGUCGCCUCAGGCAUAGGGGACACACCCCAUAUUGACAACGCGAAUGCAGCGUUCUCGACUAUGGAAGAGGCUCCCAUCGAUCCCACAAAUGCAGUUUACCCAAGCAUGGGAAACUCAUCCCAGACGAAUACCGUGGGCUCUCAGUACCCGACUAUGGAAGGGGUAGCUCACAUCGAUCCCACAAAUGCAGUUUAUCCAAGCAUAGGAAACUCAUCCCAGACGAAUACCGUGGGCUCUCAGUACCCGACUAUGGAAGGAGUAGCUCAAAUCGACCCCAUGAAUGCAAUUUAUCCAAGCAUGGGUAACACACCCCAGAUCUACCACGCGCAUGAUAGGGAAGAGUCCUCGAAUUUUGGACGUACAAGGAUGCCUUUGAUAUACACAUGA